AUGUAGAUUAACAAAUCGGAGAAGCUGGACAAGUCUGACAAUUUUGACAAUGUGAAGGUCGUUGUUCGCUGCCGGCCUUUCAAUGAACGAGAGAAAGUAAUGUGUUACAAGAUGGCCGUUAAUGUGGAUGAGAUGAGAGGCACCAUUACUGUCCAUAAAACAGACUCUUCCAAUGAACCUCCCAAGACAUUUACAUUUGAUACUGUUUUUGGGCCUGAGAGCAAGCAGCUUGAUGUUUAUAACUUAACUGCAAGACCAAUUAUAGACUCUGUUCUGGAAGGAUAUAAUGGUACCAUUUUUGCUUAUGGACAGACCGGAACAGGAAAAACUUUCACUAUGGAAGGUGUCCGUGCCGUACCAGAACUCAGGGGGAUCAUUCCAAAUUCCUUUGCUCAUAUAUUUGGGCACAUUGCAAAGGCGGAAGGAGAUACAAGGUUUUUGGUACGAGUCUCUUACUUGGAAAUUUACAAUGAGGAAGUGCGUGACCUGCUGGGGAAGGAUCAGACACAGAGGCUGGAAGUUAAAGAACGGCCUGAUGUGGGUGUCUACAUCAAAGAUCUUUCAGCUUAUGUUGUAAACAAUGCUGAUGAUAUGGAUAGAAUUAUGACACUUGGGCACAAAAACCGGUCUGUUGGUGCCACUAAUAUGAAUGAACACAGUUCCCGUUCCCACGCUAUCUUUACAAUCACAAUUGAGUGCAGCGAGAAGGGCAUCGAUGGGAAUAUACAUGUGCGCAUGGGAAAGCUGCAUCUAGUAGAUCUUGCGGGAUCAGAAAGGCAAGCAAAAACCGGAGCCACUGGGCAGCGACUAAAGGAAGCUACAAAAAUUAAUCUUUCUCUCUCCACCCUCGGGAAUGUGAUUUCUGCGUUGGUGGAUGGAAAGAGCACUCAUGUGCCUUACCGUAACUCUAAAUUGACCCGACUGUUACAAGAUUCCCUUGGGGGUAACUCCAAAACCAUGAUGUGUGCAAACAUUGGCCCUGCGGACUACAAUUAUGAUGAGACUAUUAGCACUCUGCGAUAUGCCAACCGUGCCAAGAAUAUCAAGAAUAAGGCCAGAAUCAACGAAGACCCUAAAGAUGCCUUGCUUCGCCAGUUUCAAAAAGAAAUUGAGGAGCUUAAGAAAAAGUUGGAGGAAGGGGAAGAGAUCUCGGGCUCUGAGUCAAGUGGCUCUGAAGAUGAAGAUGAAGAUGAUGAUGGGGAGAUUGGAGAGGAUGGAGAAAAGAGAAAGAAACGAAGGGGAAAGAAGAAGGUUUCCCCUGACAAGAUGAUGGAGAUGCAAGCAAAGAUUGAGGAAGAAAGGAAAGCCCUUGAAACAAAGCUUGACAUGGAAGAGGAAGAACGAAACAAAGCCAGGGCUGAACUUGAGAAGCGGGAGAAGGACCUGCUAAAAGCACAGCAAGAACAUCAGUCUCUCCUGGAGAAGUUAUCAGCCCUGGAGAAGAAAGUGAUAGUGGGAGGUGUGGAUUUGCUGGCAAAAGCAGAGGAACAGGAGAAGCUUCUAGAAGAAUCCAACAUGGAGCUUGAGGAACGAAGGAGAAGAGCAGAGCAGCUCCGUAAGGAGCUUGAGGAGAAAGAGCAAGAGCGUUUGGACAUAGAGGAGAAGUACACCAGCCUUCAGGAGGAAGCACAAGGGAAAACCAAGAAGCUGAAGAAAGUCUGGACAAUGCUGAUGGCUGCAAAGUCAGAGAUGGCAGAUCUGCAACAGGAACAUCAGAGAGAAAUUGAAGGCUUACUGGAGAACAUUCGACAGCUCAGCAGGGAGCUUCGUCUUCAAAUGCUCAUCAUAGACAACUUUAUACCUCAAGACUAUCAGGAAAUGAUCGAAAACUAUGUUCACUGGAAUGAAGACAUUGGAGAAUGGCAGUUGAAAUGUGUGGCAUACACCGGAAAUAACAUGAGGAAACAGACUCCCGUGCCAGAUAAAAAAGAAAAAGACCCCUUUGAGGUGGACCUUUCCCAUGUGUAUCUAGCUUACACCGAAGAAAGCUUGAGACAGUCUCUGAUGAAGCUCGAGAGACCAAGAACUUCAAAAGGAAGAUCGAGGCCCAAAACUGGCAGGAGAAAACGUUCGGCAAAGCCAGGAGCUGUGAUUGAUUCAUUGCUUCAGUAGAGAUGGUGGGAUUGCAAUAAAGAUCAGCAUAUGACUUAAUACUUGGCCAAAAUCUACAGAUUCUUAUCUCUGGAGAUCGUUGAGGAGUUUCAGGCUGUGUUGACACAGAAGUAUCUACGAAGGCCUGCAUUUGUAACAUGGGAUAC